AUGCUUUUACAGGGGUAUUCCGGACGGUUUCAGCUAGUUCCAAAAGAUUCCAACCGAAAAACACAGGAGAAUGGAAGCAGUAUUCCGAUCGGAUCCGGCUCGGAUUUUUCGACCUGGGAUAAAGUGAAUCAAAAGAAGGUGUGUACAAUACCGCUGAAGCAAAAGGAAAGUGUCAUUCGUAUAUCAUAUGCGUCGGGAUAUAAUUUAUAUCACUUUGGUUGUUUCCCACGUUAG